AUGUCAGCUGUCAAUGACACCAAAUUCAAAUUUGCAGUGUUCCUUCUCACCGGGAUACCUGGGCAGGAAGAUGUCUAUCUCUGGAUCUCUGUCCCCUUCUGCUUAAUUUAUGUUAUUUCCAUAGUAGGAAAUUCAGUCAUUCUGUUCAUUAUAAAAACAGAUCCAAGCCUCCAUGAGCCUAUGUAUAUUUUAUUUUCCAUGUUGGCCAUCACAGACCUUGGCUUAUCGAUAGUCACCAUGCCAACGAUACUGGGCAUAUACUUGUUUAAUUCUAGGGAGAUCAGCCUCGAUGCCUGUUUUGCCCAGGUCUUCUUCAUCCACUCACUUUCAUUAACUGAAUCCUCCAUGCUCUUGUUGAUGGCCUUUGACCGUUUCGUUGCGAUCUGUAACCCGCUGAGAUAUGCUUCCAUCUUAACCUCACCGAGAAUAGCCAAGAUGGGACUAGUGUUUGUGCUAAGAUGGAUGGCUCUAAUAUUCCCACUCCCCUUUCUCCUGAAACAGUUCCAAUACUGUCGAGCCAAUGUCCUGUCCCAUUCCUACUGCCUGCACCAGGAGGUCAUGAAGAUGGCUUGUUCAGACAUCACAGUCAAUAGCAUCUAUGGCUUGUCUGUUAAACUCUCAACGGUUGGGUUGGAUUUGUUGCUCAUCUUUCUCUCUUAUGUGAUGAUCAUCAAAACAGUGCUGAGCAUCGCGUCCCCCAUGGAGUGCCUUAGAGCCCUGAACACCUGCGUCUCCCACCUCUGCGCCGUCCUGCUCUUCUUCACACCAGAAAUCGGCUUGUCUGUGAUACACAGAUUCGGAUAUGGCUCUUCUCACUUACUUCAGAUUCUCCUGGGCUAUGUCUACCUGCUGAUCCCGCCCCUGAUGAACCCAAUCGUGUACAGCGUGAAAAGCAAACACAUUCGUGCGAGGAUAAUCAGGGUGUUCAUCAAAUAA